UUGUUCCCCCAUCGUCCAUUGUUCCUUAUUCAGUCACAAGACCGAAAUGAAGGGGGUGAAUACGUAAUCUGCAGCCGCAAACGAAUUAGUACAAAUCAGUCAAAGUACGGCGCAAGUCAUAAGCCACACACGCUGAAUACUACCGCACAACCUCAUACGUACAAUAGGCGGUCUCCCCCUCCCCCUUUUUACAAUAUCCCCUCCUCUCCGUAGCCCCCCCUCCACCUCCGUCCGUGUUGCUGCCUUUAUCACCGUUUCCUUAUUGCCACUGCCCGGGAGUAUGGCAUUGUGCUGUAAUGCAAUGUGAUCUGACCCAUGUUCUGUUAAAAAAGCAGCUAGAAAAGCAUGCCUUCUUCUCUGGACGGUAACGGCGGUAACUAGCACGAUGGCAUCUCUGGCCAAGUGAAAUCAGUUUUCUGCGUUACGCUAUAGUUUCCCUAAGAUAGGCUGCCAGCCAACGGCGAAAGCUGCAAUAACCUGCAAAACGCCGAUAAUCAAGCGGUAUCAAUUCAUCAUAAAGGACAUGCAACGCGGAACAACGUCGAGAGAAAGGCUGAAAUUAUGAAGACAGCCACAAAACCAGGAGCCAUCAGCCAACAGGAUUUACCGACAGAAACGGCCAUGACCACGCCCCCAAACUGUCAAAACCUGAGGGCAAAAUUUUCAGUCGAGCACAGAGAUCAGCCAAAGGCAAUCUGUUUGGCACCUCAGUGACCAUGUCUAAGGCUACGGUGAAGAAGCUGCACUGGCGCUCCAAGGUGCAGGAGAGUUUUGUCCCCCUGGGCGAGGCCACUGGAGAGCUGGGCCUGGCAGUCGGGGGCGGAGCCGACUACGGAGAGUUCCCAUUCGUCACUGCGGCUCCUGGGGGCGGGCCCACAGUGGGUGACGUAAUCCUCGAGAUUGGGGGAACCCCGGUGUUGGGAAUGACCCUGGGGGAUGUCAGGGGGGUCCUCAAUUCCUGCCCCCAUCCCAUUCGCAUCAAGACUGUCGCCCCAGGGUCCACCCUUUGCAAGGACCUGAGGCUCUACCUGAGUAAGUGCUUCACGCCGGGCUCCAUGGACAGCCAGCUGCAGCAGGUGAUCCGGGAGAACCUCUAUCUGCGGGCUGUGCCCUGUACCACCAGGCCUCCACGGGAUGGGGAGAUCUCUGGGGUGGACUAUAACUUUGUCUCCAUUGAGGAGUUCUUCUCCUUGGAGGAGUCCGGAGCCCUCCUGGAGAGUGGAAAGUUUAAGGGAAACUACUAUGGGACCCCCCGGCCGGUCCACAUCGGCCCAGAAAGCCCCCCCAUUACCUAUCAGGAGCACCGCAACCUGCUCAGGAACUUCCGCACCCGGAGCAAGUCCCUAAGCAACCUGGAGAAGGCGGCCGAGGAAGGAGAGAAUAGCGAGGAGGACUCUGGCCUCUCAGGGGGCUCAGCGUGUGCCAGCAGUGCCCCUCCCCAGGCCUCCUCGCCCAGCCAAUCCCGAGACUCCAAUGGGGGUGACGGCAGUGCCCUGGAGAACGGCGGGGGCGCCGUGGGCAGGCCCGGAGGGCUCCCGGAGAAUUGGGAGAUGGCCUACAGUGAUUCAGGGGAGCCAUAUUACAUCGAUCACAAGUCCAGGACAACCAGCUGGCUGGAUCCUCGAGCCCAGAGUCGAGAGGUUCUCAGCAAGACAGAGUUGCCUCCCUUCACUGACCAGCCCAGCCAGUUGAAGGGCUACUCCGUCCACACGCGCCUGUCCAAGGGUCCUCGGGGCUUUGGCUUCAACAUCGUUGGCGGGAGCCGUUCCCGGGAGUUCCUGCAGGUGUACAGCGUCACCCCGGGUGGCCCCCCUGCACUCAACACAGCGGACAUCUUGGUGUAUAUCAACGACACCUGCGUUUUGGGCAUGUCCCACAAAGAGGUGGUGGAGAUGCUGAAGUCGGUGCCAGUGGGCGGCAGCGUGGACGUGGUGCUGCGGCGGGGAUACCCCAUGCUGUACAACCCGGACGGCUGUCCCAAGCAGCCGCAGACAGCCCCAGAUGCGUGCGAGUCCACCGGCCCGGCUCCCCCGAAGCCGCAGCCAUGCCACGACGCUGUGCAGCAACAGCAGACUCCGCAACAGCCGCCACAUUUUAACCUGAACAGGAACAGGACGCACCUGGAUGGGAGUUUUCCCAGCAUGCAUCAGGGCAUGUCAGUGACGGGGCUGGAUGCCAAUGGGAACGCAACUAACUUCUUUCCACCGGCCCCUCCCUCGUACCCUAACGCUAACGGCCACCUCUCGGGUCCCCCGGCGCCCGGCAGGCUCAUGGGAGCCCCCCCACCCCCGCCACCGGAGCGAAUGGCCAGCAGUCAGAGCGAUGGAGAAGGAACGGCGGCCAUCAGCACACACAGAUCAUCCCUGAUCCGCAGUCAUGAGCACAACUCUCUGCCGGGGCUGCCUUCCCUGAACACCCACACCCCCAAGUCCUCAGAGAGCGACCUCUCCACGGUCACGCUGCCCAUUUCCAGACUUCCGCUCCCACAGCCUGAGAUGGGCCCCGGCCCUGGGGGGCUCCUGCAUAGACCCCUGCUCUCCCUCAGCUCCCUCCCGCUACCGUCCCCGGCCAGCGUCCAGCCCUGCGUCUUCAACGGCUGCCCAGACCCCAGCCCAGGGAGCGGGAGCAGCCCCAGUACCCUGCCGUCGCCGGGGGCAACGGGGGGCAGUGGCGAGCUGGUUCCAGUGGCUGUGGGGAAGAGUGAGGUCGGGGGCAUGGGCUUCAGCGUGACGGCGGGGGGCCAGGGGGGCCGGCUGGCCGUGGUGAAGAGGGUCUGGGACCGGCGGCAGUGCCCCUCGCUGCAGGCAGGGGACGCCAUCAUCAAGAUCAACGGCGCCGACGUGCAGAGCCUCAGCUUCGCUCAGGUACAGAGAGUCUUACAGGAGCACACAAAACAGGGGGAAGUGAUUUUGCUGGUUUACAGAGGAGGGUCAGUGCGUUCUCCUCUAUCGCCUAAUUCCUCCAGGAAGAUUCCUCCUGCCCCUCUGGCGGUCACCCCGCUCAGCCCCUCUCCUCCUCCUGACACCGUGCCGGUGCCCCAGACCACUCUCACGCCUCCCUCCCCCUCCCCGGACGUCCCCUCUCUGGUGCAGAGCACCAGUUUUUUGGACUCUGUACCCGUGACACUGACCCUGGAGCCGAAGGAUUGGCUGCGUGUGGAGGAGGGCGGGGCUCAGGCCACGAAGGGGGCCUCAGGGGCCAGGGGCCCCGAGGAGGGGAGGAUCGCCGUGGAGGUGGAGUUGCGGAGGAGCUCUGGAGAAGGCUUUGGGUUUGUCAUCGCCUCCCAUGACAGGCAUCUGAACGGCAACGCCUCCUCUCUGCUGCCUCACCGAUUUGUGACGGUGCGGAGAGGCAGCCCCGCGGCCCGCAGUGGCCAGAUCCGGCCCGGGGACCAGCUGGAGGCGGUGGACGGCCGCUCAGUGGUUGGCCUGCCCCACCGAGACCUCGCCCAGAUCCUGCGGCGCGCUGGCAACACACUGCGCCUCACCAUCAUCCCGCGCACCAGCAACAAUGUCCCGGAACCCACAGAAUUUGACGCAGACUAUAGGACAAGAAAAACCCAGAGAGCACCGCCUAAGCUGGACUCCAGGUACUACAGUGUGGAUCUGGAGAGGGGUCCCACAGGCUUUGGGUUCAGCCUGCGUGGGGGCAGCGAGUACAACAUGGGCCUGUAUGUGCUGGGGCUCAUGGAGGGAGGACCCGCGUCCCGCAGCCAUAAGAUGCAGGUGAGCGACCAGCUGGUGGAGAUCAACGGCAACAGCACGGCGGGCAUGACCCACAGCCAGGCCGUGGAGCAGAUCCGGCGGGGGGGGCACCGCAUCCACCUGGUCCUGAAGAAGGGGGACGGAUACGUGCCCGACUAUGGCCGUAAACCCAGAGCAGCCUCCCCGUCCUCCUCACUUUACCGGGAGGACCCGGGAGUGACUGCCGUUGAGGACCCUGACACUCUUCUCAGGUGGGGUCAAAGGUCGAAGGCAGACAAGAGGGGGGGGGUGAGGAAGGGACAACACAAAAAAAGUGGGAGCCAGGGAAGAAGGAGAGGUGAAAAGGGAGGGAAGAGGACACCUGACAGUGAUCUGGAGUGGGAGGAGAGGAGUGAAAGGCUAGGUCACCUUCAGGGUCAGAGGUCACAGUCUUUGGGGAAUAGUGGAAAGGGGAAGGGCGCCCAUAGUUUGCCUCAGGAUGAGCUGGGCAACUGGGGAGGCAGCAAGGAUGAGGAGGUUAUGGAGGGAGCAGUGGACAGAGGGAAGGUGAAGGAGAAGAAGCGGGAGAGGGGGCGGCAGGCUGCGGGCGAGGAGAGGAAUGACAAGAAGGGGAAAACGAGCACGGGGGAGUUGAAGGAGAGAAAAACACACCUACCCUCGGUCAGCGGGAGACUACCCCAGCCCAGAGCAGACAGGAGCGGAGGGGAUCACAGCAGGGAGCGUCCACAGCCCUCGGCCGAGAUGGAGGGUGGCGCCGCGCCUGAUACAGCUCCCUUCUCCUUCCUCAUGUCUCUGGACAGAGACACCGAGUCUGAGUCAGGGGCCAGUCUGUCCGGGACCAGCGUGUCCGGGGCGAGUAUAUCGGGGUUCUCUCUCUCAGACACCGGGGUGCCAAGAGAGCCAGCCGCCCCCUGGGGCCCCCAGCCCUCCCCCGGCUCCCUGUCCCCCGGCCCCUGGCUCCGACCGAGUCAGCAUAAGCUCUCUCAGAUACUGACAGGCAAGCGGCUGGAGAGAGGGGAUGGGCAGCAGGCUGGCAGAGCAGACAUCCAGACAUCAGACGGAGACAGAGUGGGACACACGCGAGUCCUCCGUGUAUCCGACCUGUCAUGAUUACGCCUUUUUCCAUUUUCACACCGAUCCUCCUGCAUGACUGAUUUACCACCUGUAAAACUGACUCCUAGUGCCAUCUAGAGGACACUAAACCACAUAGCAGAAGAUGGAGCGCAGUUUUCCUUUGGUUGCACCAGCAAUGCUACCCGCUAGUGUUAGAGCCCCACUUGAUAUGUUUGUUCCUAUUUUAACCCUGGCUUUCUAUCUUUUUAUAUUGAGAUUUAUUUACAUUUAAAGCUGGACAUGUAAAGAGCUCUGGGACCAAUUUAGAAACUCCUCCAGUCACCAGAUCCUACAGCAAGCUAGAUGCUUCUCUUUUGACAAUUGAGUUCUGUCCUGUAACAUAUGGUGUAGAGCGGAUACAGUCUUCAUUAAUGGUCGGGGCAGGAGUCAAGUAAAGGUCAGUGUUGAGUUGCCGUUCUGGAAAGUAGCAUGAAAAGUAUGUUCUACCAACAAGGGAUAAAUCGGUCUCUCACUUUGCCUUGUGCCUUUUUCUUCCUGAAACUAAAGUUCAACCAAAAAAUAUUUAUACUGCACAAAAUCACACCUCUGCAGACACCUCCAUCAGAUCACUGUUGGCCAUCGUCACCCUGAUGUCCGAAAAGAAAUUAAAUUUUAUUUAUUGCUAAAGAAAAUGCAAGUAAUAUGAAGUGCCUCAUUCUUAUUUUCAAGCAGGCAGUGGCGUCUGUAUAAGGUAACUGCAGGUGUCUUCAGCGUAGAAUAUCAUUGUCCCAUUGUCUGGUCCAUGCGGACAUCCAUGAGUCGCAGUGACCUCACAUCAUAAAUGUCCACACAUUUUUUCUUUUUACAUUUAAACAUCUCGUUGCUAUUUUCUUAAGAUGUAUAGACUUGCCUAUACGUUUGUAUUAUUGGUUCUGUUGUAUAAACACUUCCAUUUAUUUCAUAACAUGUGAAACGACCACGGCAUUAAGAUGCCAAUCUCAGUCACUAAAUGUCUUCCUUCUGCCCUUUCCUUUUUGGCCCAGUCUUUUCUCCCCUAAAUCACAUUGUUCGACUUGAGCUUUUUUGUAUUCAGGGGACAACAGAGCAUUUUUGGCUGGUCUUCUAUGCAUUUUUGAGGAUUCGCUGGUUUUGAUUUCUGGUUGCGUUUUGACGAAGGAUGAAGGAUGAAAUGCAGUCCCUCCCUGGUGGGCAGAGUAACCGAGUGCUGGGUAAAUACAGAUGAGAAGGUGUUGUACUGUACAUGAAUAUGCAUCCCGCGUAUUACCUCACUCCUACGAGCAAUAAGAAGCCAUUAACCACCACUAGGAUGUGUGCACUCCACGUACACGUCCUCUCUGCUCAUUAAUAUGGAUCAGUGGUUAAUUUCCUAGUGAGCGCCAUUGUUCUGGAAGUUGGUAUGUGCGUAUUUUUAAUCUGAACAUUUGUGUAAAACUGUAAAGGGAAAGGGGCUCAUCUGAUUUUUAUACUGUUGGCGAAAAAAAAAAGAUGUUCAGGGAUUCAUACAAAUAUCAGUAGAUGCCAUUCUUUCCAGAUCUCUGUUUCUAAUCAUUUGCUCAACAGAGGGAUCGGCCCACGGCCACUUUUAAACCCAGAGGUCUACACGCUUCCCAUUUACAGUAAAGAGCCAGAAAUUUGCUGAAUCAGUUCAAACUAAGUCUUCUGUUUAAGGUUCCAGCAGUCUGAACUAUCCUGGGAAAUGACUGGGCAACCUUUGGUCACUAAUACACUUAUUCAAACAUGACCCCGCCUCCAAGCUGACGCUGUGGUGGCAGACUGGAGGUCACUUGUAUUUAUGAUGUGUUGAUGGUCACAUCAUUUCAGGACCUGCAUGUAAUGGAAGGAUUACUCUUUCUGGCACCAUUAGAUUUCUUCUUCCUGGUGAUGUGUCCUUCACAUUCCCAGAUCUAAGAAUUUGUUUAAACAACAACAGUAAAAAAACUAUGGUAACGCUUUACUCAAGGGGGCACAAGCAACUUAGUAACUCAGUUACUACUCAAGUACCAAUCAUGAACAUGAACUGCAUGAAAUACAUGACCUAUUAUGAUUGAUUAAUGAUGAACCAACAUUGGAUCAAAACAUAACAUUUAGUUCCUGGUUAAUUAAUACAUUAAGUAAGAGUGUAUUACUAUAUGAUUUAUGCCCCUCAAGUAAAGUGUUACCAAAACUAGUGUGUCUUACAGAAAUGCAGCAGUAAAGCUGUCCCGGAGGAGUGUCGCUUUCAGUAACAAGGCUUUUUGUAUGAACUCUCAUUCUCACAGCAAAACUGGCAGUGUGCUCUGCAAUAUAUUAACACUGUCGGUCUUGCUGUGACAGGAACUUGCAGCGGAUGGUCACUAGUGUAACAUCAGAUUCAUGCUGGAUACUUGUCUCUGUGCUCUAGCCAACCUGUUAACAGUGGAUGCAGUUCAUAGAAAUGGCACAGUGCUAGUUCAGGAACAUACUCAUCAGCCAGAUGUGCCCGGAAUAGUGAUACUGAGCUGUACAAAAUACAAGCACUGCACAAUGGGGCAUGUGAGGAAUGGUGAUAUUUGCAAAAGGUAUAUUUCUCUGAUUCCUCAAAUGUCCUGCUCAAGCACUUUGCACAAUACAGUGCGCAUGCACACACACGCACACACACGCACACACACACAAAAACACAUCCCAAUAACAUCAUUGCUUUCGCAUAUUGUAAUGUUGCACGGUGCAGCCCGUCACCGAUCUGGUCCAUAAAUUGCACACUUUGAGCGUCAAACCCACGUCGGUGUUUAGGUGCAUGCAGAUCAGUCUGUGUCUUGUUCAUGUACAUACCCUGGCUUUGAUAUUCAUUUAGAUAUUAUUGCAGCCAAAAAAAAAGGUGCAUUGAAAAUAGCCUUGCUUUUGUUCUCUGCAGCUACGCAUAUACACAGUAUAUAUGUAUAUAUAUAUAUAUAUAUACCUCAUGCUACCUGUCUCACAGACCCUAUGAGUGGAAUGGAGAGCUGCUAAAAGUUUGCCUGCCUGAAGAGGAAAGCUGCUGAUGGAACUCCUUGUAGCUGUGGAGCCCCUGCUUGGCAGGAGCGUCCCUUUAGCCCCAAAGUACUAGUGUGAUGACAUGCAUGCUUCCAAAGCCCAUGUUCAUGGCUGGGCCGGUUCAGGCCUCAGCAGCCCUGCCCCGCUAUUGUUUAAGCCGGAAAAAGAGCCUGACUUUAAUGACACCCAACCGUAGUCCAAGGUUCCGGCUACAGCUGCGGCUACGGCUACGGCUACGGCUAGUCAGUAUUCUCCUCUAUCUGCUGACUAAUAAUAAGAGUGAUUAUUAUUAGUUAAUGCUAUUCACUGUGAACAAAUUUCUCUCCUUUUAUGAAUUUUAUGGGGGGGGGGGGAAAUGACGUUAAAACUAACACCUAAUAUUUUAAUCACAUACUAAUGCCCUGAAAGUAUUGAAAUCUGUGUAUUGCUUGGCAAACCAAGCAGAAAGCUAAUGAAAAAUCGCACCUGAGUUUUUAAGAAAGAAUGCACUCUCACUUGGUAUUAAGAAGUGAAGCACCAACUUAAUUUGCACGCAGGUUUAAUUGCGUUUGGCUCAUAAGUGAAGAGAGUUAUGUGACUGUUACGUUUCCCAGCGGAGAAUUGGGGAAUUCUCUCCUCUAGAGUUAUUUCUGUACAGGUUUGACCUUGUAUUUGAGCCGGUGGUCACAUUGACAUUGGUGUCUAUGGCUGUAUGUAUAUAUAAAUAUCACUAUAAAUACAGGUGUACAGUUUUGUUCUAUGAGUAUACUUGUUAUAUUAUUAUUGUUAUGUUUCUGAAUGCAUAAACAGGGAAUUUUGAAAACUGACAAGAUAAAUGCAAUUGCUGAAAUAAAAUAGUUAAAAACA